GACCUUUAACACCCUUGCAACCUUCGUAGUUACUAGUAUUUAACAGACGCUACUUUCCUAAAUCAACUCAAACGAUUAACACUGAACACCACUUUUCCAAGGAGUCUUCCAAACUUCAAAGUUCAUCAAGGAACCGACAUCCUAGUGUGCAAGAGUAUUUCCGACGGAAAAAGAUCGCUACCUACCACUUUGACCACUCACGAAACCGAUCGCCCUGCCAAGAUGAACCGAGGUACCCGACCGAGUCACACGGGCGAGGACCCCCGCAAGGCCCCGGUGAUCAAAAACGCCGACAUGGAGCAGACCCAGCAGGACCACGCCGUGGAGGUGGCCCUACAGUCCCUGGACAAGUUCAACGUGGAGAAGGACAUCGCCGCUUACAUCAAGAAAGAAUUCGACAAGUCCUACAACCCGACCUGGCACUGCAUCGUGGGCAAGCACUUCGGCAGUUACGUCACCCACGAGACCAAGAACUUCAUCUACUUCUACCUCGGGCAGAUAGCCAUACUGCUCUUCAAGUCCGGUUGAGCGGAUUCCUGUUGAACUUUGUACCAGACUGUAUAGACAUUCGCAGAUUUCAGACAUUAUUUUUUAUUGAAAAUGCAUGUUGUAGGGAGUAAUUUAUUAAUAUAAAGAGUACUUUGAUAAAAUGUAGAUGCUUAUGCGUUUUCGAUUUUCGUCCAUGGGUGCACAGAUUAAUCGUGCACAUAUUCACGCAAAAUGAGUAUUACCACGCCAGAACUGCUUUAUCGGUUUUUGGAAAGUAAUAACCGAAAUCAUCAGCAUCGCCAUUACCAGCAACACCCUCAUAUCUCCACCAUCCCAUCACCAAGUCUACAUCCCGCUCAUCUUACUCAAUUGCGCUCGUAUGUUUCCUCGCCUGACCAGCCUCUACAAUAAUUCCAACCCCAUUCCUCAUUAUAUUCCCCUAUCAUCUUCCUAGUUAACCCCCAUCAUAGUUCUCCACCAUCCUGUAUUUCCCCAUCAUCAUCAUCAUUUUUAACAUUUUAAAUUCAUCUUUCCCUUUCCACCACCAUCGCCCAUCUCCAUACCUCAUUACAAGCCUCUAUAAUGAUCCAAGUGUCCAUGUUAACUUUCAACAUAACCCUUAUCCUGUUUUCCUUGUCAUAUUCUCCAUCAUCAUUUUGAUAAUUAUCAUAAUUCUGCGUCCUUCAUCCUGCACCUUCAUUUGUAAUAGUCACCCAAUUUCCAUUCUUUAUUGUCUUCACUUGUCAUCCAAAAUUUCCACGACAAGUUCUCCAUCAUCAUCAUCCCCAUCAUUCUGAAAAUCAUAUCAUCGUCAUCAACUCCUCGUUCCUCCUUUAUUCCUUCUCAUCAUCCUAGCCUUCCAUGCCAUCCAUCCUAAUUCUCCAUUGUCAUCCUCAUCUUAUACUGCCCAUCAUAAUUUUCUGCAUCCUUUAUCCUGCACCCCUUCUCUCAUUACAAUAAUCCCAUCCCUUUUCUUCCUUCUAUACCUUGAUCAUCAUCCUUGAUUUCCUUGUAUCUCGAAUCCUCAUUUUCUAAUUACUAUCCUGUAUUUCCCAUCAUCAUUUUGAAUCCCGCAUUUUGUCAUCGUCCUUCAUCAUCACCAUUCUCAUAUCAUUUCCUUUUUGUAUUCCUUCUUAUCAUCCUAGAUUUAGAUUAACAUCUUAUCCUCCAUCCCAAUUUAUUCCCCAUCACCAUCAUUCUCAUUCUCAUCCUCAUCCUCAUUCUCAUCCUCAUCCUCAUACUUCUCAUCCUCAUCC